AUGCCCCACGCUGUCACAAUUGCGUCGCCCGGCCUGCAAGCCCUGAUCUUGUGUGGCCCCGGCAGCUCUUUUCCCACUUUCACGGCCAACCCUGACGAAAACCCAAAGGCGCUCCUCCCAAUUGCCAACCGGCCUAUGGUCUGGUACCCCCUCGAGUUCUGUUACCGAGCCGGCAUCAUAGAUAUCACGCUUGUCUGUCCCCCUUCAGCUGCCAAUGCUAUCAGCACUGCGCUCAACACAAACCCCUUCUUAACCAGCUUGCCCUAUCCUAGGCCCGAUCUGCUGUCGCCAAAGGAUCUGGACCAAAACACAGGCACCGCUGAGAUCCUCCGGCUUCCCGAGCUGCAAGCCGUUGUGAAGACGGAUUUCGUGGUGCUCCCCUGCGACCUGGUCUGCGAGUUGGGUCCAGACAAGCUGCUGCAGGCAUGGAUGGUCAAGUCGGCCAGCCUGGGUGAUCUCGUUGGGGACACUCGCUCGCCCAACACCCAGCGCAGCGGCGGUCUCGGUGUCUGGUACCAGACCAAGACUGCCACCCCCAUCAAGGGUGAGGAGACAGACUUCGUGGCGACGGUCCCACUGCCAUCCUCUACCGUGUUGCCCCCCAAGGGCUCGCUGUUUCCCCAUCUCUCAAAAGUCGUAUACUCGAUACCCACAGACUCCCUCAAGGAUCUGAUAGAAGAGAAAAAAGGGUUCCCAGUUCGCCAUGGCCUCUUCCGAAGCCACCCGCGCGCUCGAGUGCUGACCACACACCGUGAUGCCCACAUCUACAUAUUCCCGCGCUGGGUCAUGGAGCUCGUCAGGGACAACGAGCUCCUCGAAACUAUCGGUGAGGAUAUCAUUGGGUGGUGGGUGAAAGCGGGCUGGCAGAAGGGACUUCUACACAAGUUGCACCUUGACCAGAUUCUCGCAAAAAACGGACCUAGCACAGGGGAGAAACAGAAACCCGACCUUAAGGACAGCGGGAUUCUAAGCCCCAAGAGCGGCCAGAGCCAGACUACCUCGUCAUCUGUCAAAGACGAGGGCGACAACGGCGCGCAGGGUCAGGAAGAGCCCACAAUCCCCCCCAUGCUGGCCUACAUCCAUCCCUCGGAGGCGUCGUCGCAGCUGAUUCGCCGCGUCGACACCUCUCAGCUGCUGCUUCAGAUCUCGCUGCAGCUCGCCAAGCUGCCGUCGGUGGAGGAGGUCGGCGCCGACGCGGCCUCGCCCUUUGCGCACUCUCGCAAGGUGGCCUACCCUGAAGGCGUCAAACCUCGCACCACAAUCACAAAGGCCGACAGCUUAGUGGCGGACAAUGUGACGGUGCAGGAGAAGACGUCCAUCAAGGAGUGCGUCGUGGGAGCCAACUGCCAGAUUAACGAGGGCGCGCGGAUCUCACAGUGCCUGCUGAUGGACGGCGUUGUCGUGGGCAAGAACUGCAGACUCACCAAGUGCAUCCUCGGCAAGCGCAGCGAGAUCGGCGAGGGCUGUGUCCUGACCGACUGCGAGAUCCAGGAGAACAUGCUCGUCGAGCCAAAAACCGAGGCCAAGGAGGAAAAGUUCAUGUCAUCGUCCGGCCUCGAGGCAACCGAGCAAGAGCUGGACAACUUUGCAGACGAAGACGGAACAGACAGCGACGAUUCGUCCUGA